CUGUUUUUUCCCCUACUGUUUCAAGUCAUUCUGCUUGCAAAAUUGCAUCUUCCCCUUCCUUUUUCUUCCCUUUAACUUCGCCUUUUAAAAAAGAAUUGCGACUUGUGACUUAGACUAUAAAUUCUUUGCACUAAGCGUUUUUAUCUGUAGAUGUAGAAAUAAGAUGUCAAGCAUAUCCCCUCUCAUGUUUCAGGAAUUACAUUCCAAAUUCGCAUAAAAACUUAGGCUGGAGAACAUUUUAACCAUUUGUUCUCAAUACAAGCUAUAGAAAAUUUCAGAGCGGAACAAUGCCAAAUUUAUUGCAAACCUCAGAUUUAUAAAAUAUUGAUCAUUCUCUAUUAAAAUUGUGGACUCUUGUGGAAUUUUAACAGUUCAUAAGACCAGCAAACUUCACUGAUUUAGUGUACUGCUCUGUGCAAAGAUAAAUUGUUAAAGCUAUUCCUGGCCCUAAAGGGCUUGCAGUCCAGCAGAAUUGCAAACCUGCCUUGUUUAUGAAUCUAGUAAGGUUUUUAGACAAGGUCGUGCUGUGUAGCCCAACCUGACCUUGAAGUCCUGGAGAUCUUCCUACCUCAACCUCUGGAGUGUUGGACUUAUAGGUCCAUGCCCCUUUGCCUGGCUUGGUAUGAGGUUUUUGGUAGAAAGCAAGUGUUGAGGGGCCAACUCUUGAAGAGUUAAGAAAUAAUUUUCAUCUUGGCAGAUCAAAGAUUUUUUUUUUUUUUGAGGCAGAGUCUUGCUAUGUAGUGCAAGCUGACCUUAAACUCACUUAUGUAGCCUAAACUGCCCUUGAGCUCACAGUGAUCCUCCUGCCUCAACCUCUCAGUGCUGGUAUUAUAGGUGUGUACCAGGAUACCUGGCAAGAAUUCUUAGACUUUCCAGCAGUUCAAUGGGCUCCCCAAGGAAGAAGCUUCAGGGCCUGGUUGCUGCCACACUCACACCAAUGACUGAGAAUGGAGAAAUCAACUUUUCAGUAAUUGGUCAGUAUGUGGAUUAUCUUGUGAAAGAACAGGGAGUGAAGAAUGUUUUUGUGAAUGGCACUACAGGAGAAGGCCUGUCCCUGAGCGUCUCUGAACGUCGCCAGAUCGCAGAGGAAUGGGUGACACAAGGGAGGAACAAGUUGGACCAGGUGGUGAUUCAUGUAGGGGCACUGAGCUUGAAGGAGUCACAAGAACUGGCCCAGCAUGCAGCGGACAUAGGAGCUGACGGCAUUGCUGUCAUUGCACCUUUCUUUUUCAAGCCGUGGAACAAAGACGUCCUGAUUAACUUUCUAAGGGAAGUGGCGGCGGCUGCUCCUUCGUUGCCCUUUUAUUACUAUCACAUUCCUGCCCUAACAGGGGUAAAGAUUCGUGCUGAGGAGUUGUUGGAUGGCAUUCAGGAUAAGAUCCCUACCUUCCAAGGUCUGAAAUUCAGUGACACCGACCUCCUAGACUUCGGGCAGUGUGUGGAUCAGAAUCACCAGCGACAGUUUGCUUUGCUCUUUGGGGUGGACGAGCAACUGCUGAGCGGCCUGGUGAUGGGGGCAACGGGAGCAGUGGGCAGUACUUAUAACUACCUGGGAAAAAAGACAAACCAGUUAUUGGAGGCCUUUGAACGGAAGGACUUCUCUUCAGCCCUGAGCUAUCAGUUUUGUAUCCAGCGAUUUAUCAACUUUGUGAUCAAACUAGGUUUCGGAGUGGCACAGACCAAAGCCAUCAUGACGCUAGUGUCUGGGAUUCCAAUGGGUCCACCCCGGCUCCCACUGCAGGAAGCCACCAGGGAGUUUACUGACAGCGCUGCAGCUAAGCUGAAGAGCCUGGAUUUCCUCCCCUUUGCUGAUUUAAAGGGUGGAAACUUGGGAGCCUAUAGCUAGGACCUUUCUAUAAAUCAGGCUAUAUACACUGAAAACUCUUCUACCUUGAAUAACACUCUUUCCUCAGGGACUUUUUAGAUGAACUUGAAUUAAACUUCCUCUUAGCAAAUGAAAUCUCACAUCAAUCAACAAGUAUCUAAGUAUCUAACUACAAGCCUAAAAUUUCUUAUUUUGUGAAGGUGUAAAAACUCUAAAAGGAGUCAUGAACCCCAGCUUUUCAUUUCACAGCUUUUUUUUAACAGAGAAAUUUCUGUUUAUAUGGAUGAAAUGGAAUUAAGAGGAAAAUUAUGAUUAAUUAAUUCCACCUGUCUUUGGGAACACUCAUUAUCUUGAUUUAGUCUUAUUUUAAGGUUUUCUAACUUUAAACUACUAUAAUGUACUGUCAUUUUAAUAAAUACUCAUUUGGAAUCCAGGAAAA